GUGGAGCGUCGACUAGAAGCCAUUCCGUGUGGAGCUCACAGUCUGCCUUCGAUCGGUCACCAGUCCUCAUCGUGUGUGUGUCGAAUUUGGCGAAGCGAAUUCUCCGGGUAAAAAAAAUCCACUAUUGCUAACAUCAGUCGGAUUCACAAUUCACAGCUGAACCGUUCCAAUCAGCGAUUGUAGGCAGGAGAGAGAAAAAUACGGUCCCGACUGUUCUGAUUGAGAAGGUGUGGUGGGAGAAUUCAUACGGUUACACAAUUUUUAGUAGCUGGAAGCAACAUUUUCCGCCUCUGCUGCCCACUAUUGAUUGAUGACACCGUGUGACUGGUUGCUGUGCUGAUUUCGUUGUCCGGAUUUCUCCAACGUAUUAUUUUUCUGUGAUUUACAACCAGUCGGUGUGGCGUGUGCAGAAUUGUGAAUCUGGAUUUGAUUGGAAAAUUAUUCACAUCCCUCUCCAUCUGACGGUUAUUGGAACGGUAGCAACCCCUUCGGGUGGCAACCAAUUACACGAGUUGUGUAGCUCUUCUAGGUGUGCUGAAAGUGGACGUCGGUCGAUCGGUCGGACGGUAGUUCCGUGGUGAAUCAAGGUUUGUGAGCAAUACCGGAAGUGUUCAGCUCUGUCCCCGUACGAACUAGCGUUCCGUUUUCAAUAAACCCAAACUCAACAUGGCUGUGCUGCAAUCGAUAAUCCUGGCCAGCGUCCUGCUGCUGAUAUUUGUUGUGCAACGAGGUGAUGCGAUCAAGUGCUUCGUGUGCAAUAGUGCAGAGGAUUCUCAGUGCUCGUACGACAUCCCACCGGCGGACAUGCAGACAGACUGUGACACCUACAAGGAUGGCAACAAGUAUACCUUCUGCCGGAAGAUUGUCCAGUCGAUCGAAUUUUCGGUCAACAAUCUUCCUCCGGACACCAGAGUUAUCCGUGGCUGUGGAUGGGAUGAAUCUUCCUACAAGGGAAAAUGUUAUCAGCGUUCUGGUUUUGGUGGCCGUCAGGAGGUCUGCGCCUGCUUCGAGGACAACUGCAACAGUGCAUCAUCGCUGCAUGCCACCAUCGGACUGUUGCUCGCUGCUGCCAUCGCCUUCCUAGUUCGUGCUUAAUCCCGUUGCGUAUAGAUGAGAGAAGAUUUAGUUUUGAUAAAGCAACAAACCCUUACAGAUGAUUAAAUUUAUGUUGAUUGAAUUAAGAGUACUGCUACCGACUAGAAACGACUAACGAACAACAAAACUAAUUUACAAAAAUAACACAAUACAAAUGUAGGCAGUUGAUAAACCCGAGCAUGAGAACACGCUAAGAUGUUAGUAGACGUUUUAUAUUCUGUUCAGAAAUUGGAAGGCGUAUGGUAAGAAUCGAAUAGAUUAAACUGUAAUCAAAUUUAAUAGUCAUCAAUUGGAUGCGAUGCUAAUGAUCAAACGAGAAUUCCGGAAGUGAUUAUGCUGUCGAACAGUCAAUAAUUAGAUAUUCAGUCGUACUUCCACUUUAGGUGAUUGAUUUAGUAAUUCUUUCAUUGAUGGAUGACGUUUAUUUCAUUUUGCGAAAUUUUCUCUUUAGAUGCCUAUAAUGAACGAGCAGUUUGGAAUACAAGGUAAAAUUAUGUUUCGGUUCCGUCCCAGAAAGAAACUAAAACAAAUGUAAAGUGUUCAGUAAAGGUAACAUUUGCUGAUGGAAUGGACUGAAAAAUAUUUUGUUCACUGAUUGACAUAGAAGAUCAGUCAGUCGAAGGUGAAGGUGAUGAGCUGGUGUUUGGUACUCGAAGAUAUGCAACGGUAAUAGUAACGUUAUGUAAAUAUAUGUAAUGUUGUUUGACAGAGUUCAGUUUUUAUUUUGGUGAAAAUUGCAGUUAUGGUGAAAUUUAGAAAAUCCUUUCUAACAUACUACUGAAUUAUGUUUCAGUUCAGGCUACCAGAAUAUUUCAAUAUGUUGUUUCGACACUGGCUAGAACAAUAGCAUUUCUUUUCAGUAUUUAGGCAAGUACGGAUUCUGUGUGGAGCUGAAAAACUCUGCGAAGACGAAAGAAACGUAAAACCAGAGCUGCCAGAAUGAAUGUUUCUGUUGUAGCACAUGCGCUAUAUAGUUAGUUGGAAGAACUAUUGAAAAUAAUGAAUGUGAAUUAACUAAAACAAAAAGUAACAUUCGCUUAUAGUAGAAAUUUAUCGUAACUGUCAAUAAAAGAAACGUAUAAAUAAUAGAAUACAAAACAAAUACGGAGUUAAGGGUUUCUGUUAGUGACACCAGACUGAUUGCGGGAGGAGUUUAUUUCGCCCAUCUGGGACAUCAGAACUUGAAAUAAUCUUCCUUCCGCCAGUCGCAUCAUCUCCUGUUAUAGAACCUACACGUUCAUGUUACUUAGUUAGUGGGCACCCAUUGAAUCUGAAUUUUUAUUUUCUGCUAUCUCAUCCAGGUGAGGUAUUAAUUAAUUCUACAUUUUAUACGAGAUUAGCAAUCAAUGCUGGUUAAGCUGCAGAGCAUUGAAAUUUACUGGUCGGAACGUUUUUUGGAUCAUAAACGGAAAAAAUUAUCUAGUGUUCUAAGAUUCACAAUAGUGUUAUGUAAGAACAAAUAAAACAAACGAAAAUAUACUGCUUUAUACGCUAAAUAAAAUCGAACUUAUAAUAGAACAGUGUUAGAAUUUAAUAAAUUGUUUGAAAACAAAAUCAUAAAACACAAAAAAUAAAACGAACUUGUAUAGAUAAGCAAACCAUUACUCUGGUAUAUAAUUGUACAUCCUGUCGUUGGUUGUUUUGAGGAAACAGACAGAUCGGCUGUUAAAUUUCACUUCCUGUUUCGAGUUUCAAAAAAUCACCCAGUUCAUCAGCCUACAGUCGGCAUUUUUUUUAUCCGAGCGGAAAAAAAUCCACUUUCAAAUAACACAAAACGUAUAUCGCUUUAGCGUAUGCCGUCAAAGGUCGCUCGCGAUUAGUUCUAUCGACUAAACUUGUUCGGAGCGCUCUGCAACAACAUUCUGCUUGAAAGAAUGAAUUUAUUUAUUAUGUUUUGUAUUACAGAAUAGCAUUGAGAAAGCUUUAAGAACAGGAUCAGAAAAGAAUAAACUAUCAAAAUCAAAAACGUUUUAGGAGGAAUAAAAGAGAAAUAAAUCAAAACCCGUUUUUAGUCCAACGAGA